GUCGUCGGUCACAGUCAAGGCUGGAAGUGCUCAAAUCAGCCCGUCUCUCAGACAGAGCGGGAGAGACAGAUACAGACAGAGAUGUUAUAAGAGGGGAGGUGUGCAUGGUGAUAUAAUAUAGUUCGAAAGAGACAAACUUCUACUUAUAAUCUGUGUUGUGCAAGGAGAGACGAACUGUUGACAACGAUCAAAAUAUUAUUAAAAGUUUUAAAUACUUAUUUAAGUUGACAUUGUGGGAGGGAAAGGCAUCUUGAGUGCCGAAAUAUGUCCAAAUUUCAUUAAGUGAAAAAAAAGUCAAAAAUUAACGCACUUACGAAUCAAAACUUCCAAAGAUGAAGUUGUUGGCGAUUUUAGCAGUGAGUAUAGCCGUCGCUACAGCGACGACCAUCCCUCUGAAAACGGGAAACGAAUCGGAGGUUCUCGAUUCUGUCCCGGUAUCGACCUCAAUUGGGGAGGUAGAUAUUCCGGCAAUCGUUCAGGAGGUCAACGAAGACUGGCCUAAUACGGAACCACCAACAUCGACGGAUGACGAUGAAACUGACGAGGCAGAUGACGAGGGUGAGGAUGCUGAGCCCUUGGAUGAUGGCGAGGAAGUAGAGGGAGAUGAAACCGACGACAGCAUGACAGAAGACGAAAAUCUUGAUGAUGCUGGUGACGAAGAGGAAACUGAGAAUGUUGAUGACGAAGAUGAAGAGGCUUUCCUUGAUGAAGGCGAUGAUGACGAAGUGCCUCAUUCAGCAACGCAAGAGGAGUUCGAGGCCAACGUCCCGUCGGCCAUCCACGGCGGCAAGGACAUCAUCAUCCACAAGGACAACUUCAUCCCAAUCCUCAAGACGAUCGUUCUCGCUUAUACGCACAAGGAAAAGCCCUCAUACUCCGACAUCCUAAAAGCAGGGGGCAUCAGCGCCUUCAAGACCGGGUUCAAGUACCUGGGCAAGGAGAACCUUGGUGAGAACCUCCUCCAGAUGGCCAAGAAACUAACAGGAGCUUUCGAGGGCCCUGACGCAGAUGACUUGGACACCGAACUCCUGGCUGAAAUGGCCGAAUCUUAUCUUUCCUCCCACAGAUUCAAAAUGGUCCUGCCUGAGAGUGUCCUCCUUCACCAAAAGGAAAUGGAAGAGUUCCUGGACAAGAGGCCCCUUGAUCAAAUUGAAGGGCGCUCUCUGGUCACCAGCCAGCAGUUUGACAUAGCCAUGCCAAGAGCAGAUCCCGCAGUACAGACUAUUUUAACAAUUGGACCAAUGACCUGGAUGGCUCUCAUUGGGGGUCUGUUCUCCAUUCCCUACUUCUUCUCCGGCUCUAGCGAGCCAGAAUUUGAACGUGUGGACCAUUACAUCCCGAACCUCUCCCCUUACCUUAGACCACCCAAACUCCCCUUCUUCAGACCACACCACCUGAGAAGGGACGAAACCGAACACGUCCCACACCAGCAAAUCGACCAAGAGUACCAGGAAUACCAGAAGAGCUACAGUGAAUGGUACAACAACUGGUACCUCAGGUACAAGAACUACUACGAUGAACAUUAUCCGAAUCACGAGCGACCUCUUGCCGCCCCCACUGUCCCAGAACAGUCUGAUCAACACCAGCCUGUACAACACCUGCCUGUACCACACCAGCCUGUACCAAACCAGCCAUUACCACACCAGCCAUUACCACAUCACCCUGUUCCACAUCAGCCCAUUCCACGUCAGCCUACGAUUCAGGUGCAACCAUCCUCCCUGGACAUUAUGGUACCACCCCCUCCACUUCGGGAAAGCGCCAAGGCCGUUCCAGAAAAGCCACUGCACCCUCUGGCAAAGCCCCUGCCAGCUAAGCAAAGACUACCAAAGCAACCUCCUCCUAUUGUCUUCCCUAAUCCCCUUCGCCCACCAGCGCCUGCAGACGUCCCAAGACUCGACAGCGGUCGCAACUCUGGUGCUAAUAUCAUCAGUACUUCUGAGAGCAAGCCCAACACCUUCGGAACAUUCCAGAGCGAGGCAAACAAAGGCGACAGCCACUUCAAGGUCAUCCAGGGAUCAGAUGUGCCAUCGCAGACAACCAGACCUGGCCCUCCGCCAGCCACCGGUGCCCCCACAACCCCUAGAUCAUCCGUAGCAACCCUUGCGCCUAGGUCAAAAGUGCCAAAUCCAAGACCGGUCUACGUAUCAACCACAGAGGUACCUAAGACGGAACGUGGCUUCAAACCAAUCACCAAACCCAAUUCCUCUACAACAAACCCUGGCACCACACCCUCGUCGAACGACAGGAGUGAAUUCAAAGCCCCAAGAGAGGAGAGUUUACUCUCUGCAGAGUCCUCGCCCACGCCCAAGAGUUCGAAUGCUCCUGACGCCCUCGGAAAGACGGCCGGUGGGUUCAAACCCAUCGCCUCUCCCACUGCUGAAUCAGCCGCUCCUGCGCCCAAGAAGGAACCUGAGACGUCCACCAUCAAGGUUUCAGCUGUGACAUCAGGCGUGUUCAAGACCACAGCCGGACCAACUCCAGCACCAGCCACGACUCCAGCGACCAUCGUGACUUCUAGACCAGCUGUGUUCGUUCGAACAGCCACUCAGAAGUCGGUGAGAGUCGUCACGUCCUCUUCUUUCGUGGUGCCCAAUGCCCCAGAAGCUAAGGAAGAUUCCCUUCGUGAGCUGAAGAGGCCUCAGAGACACCAACAAUCUUCCCCGAGUCUGCAGCAGAUCUCUAAUCAAGUGAAGACACAGCAGAGUCUGCCUGUACAUCAGCCACUGCCCUUAGAACAAACGACGGCUGCUCCUCUUCCUCCUCCAUCAACUCCAUCUGCAGUGCAAAAGGCACCUUUAGUACAAUAUUCUGUACAGGAAGCUCCACGACAGCCGACAGGGCCUGUCAUCCAACCAGCUGUACCUCUGUUGCAGCCACAGAAACAAGCUGCACAACAGCAAGCAGCUAUCAUACAACAGCAGGCAGCUUUGGCACAGCAGCAACAAGCGGCACUAGCAAAGCAACAGCAAGCAGCCUUAGCACAGCAACAACAAGCGGCCCUGACGCAGCAACAGCAAAGGCCUGUAAUACAGCCUGCCAUUCAGGAGUUCCCUAGUCAGCAGGCACUAGUGGCAAAUCAGGACGGAGGCUUCGUCAGAACAAACCUCCCGACCAACAUCAAAAUAGUGGACCACAGGCCAGCCCAGGGCUUCGGACUUGGGCCCAGGCCAGCUAGCGAGCCCACGGCGACGCCGACGACAACGACCCCGAUGCCCAUCUACGCCCUCGACCCCUUCUACGGCUCCAGACUUUCUCGAGUUGACGUCAUCUUCCACCAGCUGGGAGUGGAGGACGAGGGAUGCAGGGAGCAGGUCGUCUGCAACAUCUACAAGAACCCGGAUGUUUACACUCCGUACAGCGACUUCCUCUCUCGCCAACUGACUGUGAGACUGGAGGAACUCCAGAAACCCAAAGUAUCCGACGAAAGAAUCCUGCGCUUCUUCAGGUACCUGAAGGCCGCCAGAGAAGGUCAAGAUGGGUCAGACUGCAACGCCAAAUACCCACAGUGCGAAAUCGAUACGACCCAGCUCUCACACAAGCCCAUUAUGAACGCUUUCCAGAAGGUGUCUCUGCUUAUGAACGCGGCCUCGAGCUAAGAAAAAAAGGAAAAAGAUAAAUGAACGAAUAGCUCCCCUUUGACAGUGGCGGGAAAACAAAGUCGAGUUGUAAACAAUAGUUGCUUGGUUUGGAAAGGCCUCCGAGGUACCAAAACACUAAAAAUUCUACGAACAAAAAAACAAACGGAAUAAAUUACAGAUUUCGAGCUAAAGGGCUGCUCUCUGACAGAGGCGGGAAAAAGGCUGGCUUUUUUUUUUUUUUUUGGAUACGCCUCCGAGGUGACAAAAAGUGAAAAAAUACAUAACUAAACGGAUGAAUGUAAAUUACAGUGUCGCUCACGGCUCUUGGGUGAAGCCUGAUAACGGAUACAGAACGAGUUGUCACUCUUACAGAGAAUUAAUGCAUCUACGCCUACUCAGACACUCGAAUGAAUGAAUCUAGGCCUAUUAAGAUAAUCGAAUGAAUGCACCUAGGCCUACUUAAGACACUUCUUUUAUAACUUCUGCUUAAAUCUAAGUCCACGGUGGCUUACUAAAAGAGAUAUGGCACCCAGUCAACAGGAAACAGCAAACACUUCUAGGAAAAGUGCCGGUAAAUAACAAAGUGGACUCGCUUAUUCAUUUUUCUUGAACCGUUUCCAGGAAAAACAGAGAGAGAGAGAGAGAGAGAGAGAGAGAGAGAGAGAGAGAGAGAGAGAGAGCACAUCAUCCUUACAUCAAGCUCUUCGCCAAUCACCAACGACAUUUUUCAUCUCUUGAAGAUUUCUUUCGGCCUGUUCUCAUCCACCUGCAUCCGUCACUCACUCAUUCAUCACCCACAUUAGUGCCUCAUCAUUCACUCAUUCACCACUGCAAUCGGAUCAAGCGUAAGCCAAUUAUUCAUCACACUCUGGUGAUCAUCAUAGCUACAAACACCCACAUACACUUUCCUAUCUCGUUAUCUUCAAAGAGGCAGUUCAUCAGUCUCUCAUUUUAACAUUCAUGAUCACAUUCAUUAUUCUAAUUCAUUGUUGUCGUCACUAUGACUGGCAUCACUCUCACUGAGCAUUAUCAUCGUAUCAACAUCAUUGUCACGAACAAUUAACGUCAUUGUCACUGGCCAUCAACAUCACAAGAUCAUUUUCAUUAUCAUUGUUCAUUCUCUUGAUUUUCAUGAAUCAUUUCAUUAUAUUCACCAGUUACCAUCAGCUCCAUUCAUCAUCAUCAUCAUUACAAUAAUCAUUACCUUUUCUCUAUUCAAUUAUCAGAAUCAGUGUCAAUCACCCUGACCCUUAUCAUUUAACCAUCACAAUCAUUGACCUCCACCAUCACAAAUAAUUUUCACAAUCCCCAUUACAAAAUCACCUCCCAAUCACCACCAUAACAAUUAAAACAAUGACAUUGUUUUUAGAGUCAGCUUUCUCCGUCUGCCCAUAAGCUCUUUAUUUUAUUUUAUUCAUUUGAUGACGUCAUUGGAGCGAAGCACUGCUUGGAUUUUGCUUGAAGACGAUAAAAGUUCACCCUCCAGCCGGCACUAGUUCAGUGUGUCAGUGGACACGGGAGGAACCAGGUCAGAAUGUCGUCGUGGCUCUCCCAUUUAUGGGGAUUAUUUUUUUUUUAUUUUCAUUUUUUUUAUCAAUCAGCUCGUGCCACUCUAUCCCCUCCUUCCUCCGCCUUCUCCUUCUAAUUCUUCCUCUAUAAAGUUUACCGUUUCCCGAAAGGUGAUAUUCUGACGUCACACAUACAGGUAGUUCUGGCUCUCACUGGUUACUACAUACCUUGGGGGUAGUUUUCUCUUUAACGGCAUCAUGCCAAGAAAUCCGGAUGCCAUUAAGUCCACUCCUGUUUAUUCCGUAAUAACAAAUUCUUCACCCCCGAGAAGUAUUACUUAUUCAAAUUCUACAAAAAGGAAGAAGAAAAAACAUAAUCUAGAUAAAUUUCUAAAAUUCGUUAUUGCCCCGAAAUUUUCUUCCAAUCUUCGUGAUGACAAAUACAUGCGUCACUCACUCCCUGUUUCAAUUCACUUCACUCAUCAUCUGUCACACGUCACUCAUCGUGCAUAAGAAAUUCAUCAUACACCAACACAGCUCAUCCGUGCGCAUCAAUUACAGAUUUGUUCUUUGGCUUCAUAUUUUUUCGAAGUUCAAUCACACCAAAGUAUAUCGUCAUCUCUUCAUCAUAUCUCUCUCUCUCUCUCUCUCUCUCUCUCUCUCUCUCUCUCUCUCUCUCUCUCUCUCUCUCUCUCUCUCUCUCUCUCUCCGGCCGUUGCAGGUUAUUUAUGACGGAAGGUGUGCCAAGGUUAUGAGGAUACAGAAAGUAAGGCAAGAUGCAGGUUCCAGCGUCACCGCGCAAACAUUCGUUUGUUUCUUUGCCGGUGUUUGCUUUCACGGUCAAAGACUUAACAAACAUACUUCAUGCAAGCAGAUUCUUCGAUUGUUCAAGAAAAAAAAUCUCCACGAUUUCUUUGACGGAAGCGAGAGAAACAAUGCGACGGGUGUGUGUACAAGACUGCAAAUCUUCACGAAGCAGUAAGCAAUCGAGAAGGUCGGUCUAGGGUCGAGGAGGAGAGGAAGGUGGGUAGCACAGGAACAGGGUUAUGUGGCGAUCUUCUUCCUCCCAGAGAGAGAGAGAGAGAGAGAGAGAGAGAGAGAGAGAGAGAGAGAGAGAGAUGCACCGUUAGGAAAACCGGUUUUGGGAAGGUGCACACCUCUCCUGACAGGCCCUGGGCCAUAGACCGACACCCAUCCUCUAUCUAUUGUUACAGGUGAAAGAAACUUUCUCUCUCUCUCUCUCUCUCUCACACACACACACAGCCAGCUCAAUCUCACUCUCUCUCUCUCUCUCUCUCUCUCUCUCAAGGAGCGGUGCUAGAAAGGAGCCCCUCUAUCUAGAAUCUAGGUCAGCCAUUGCUUGAGCGAUGCGAGCGACCCAUUGACGACCGGACCUGGAAUCCCAUUGGCAUUUCCAGUUUGUUUUGGUCGCUUUUGGUCGUCGUUGCCGAUUCCAGCUCCUUCCUGGAAACCGCCUCUUUUGUAAAUAUAGUCCGUAGUAGUAUUUUAUACGCAUAUAGCAGCAAAUAUUCAAACGUACGUUUAGUACUAUGAUGACAUGAAUCUGAAGGAUUUAAAUUCGCCAAUUCCCAUUGUAGCAAGUAUUUACUAUUUACUUGUAUAUCGACCCUACUCUUAAUUCGUAUUUAUUUAUUUAUUUAUUUAUUUAUUUAAUCACCUAACUAUUUAAUAAAUGACCUACAUUAAAAAAAAUCCCUCUCAGUCAGAUGUGACUUCAUAUAAAUCACUCGAUUUCCCAACUUAUCCUUUGGAUCAAACAAAAGAAGGUUUGAUGUAUUAUAAUCAUUAUUAUAAGCUUAUAUCUAGAUUCACCACAUAUAAAUACAGCGUUUGUUCGUCGUAACAAGCGAUAAUAAUCGUUCUUAAACGUAAUUUUCUAUUUUACUAAAAUCGAUUCUUGAAUUCAGAGGCUGAAUGAAUUGUAACAUUUAGAGGCUCUUCAACUACGCUUGAUCGAUCAUUCCCAUAUCUAUCUACCUACCCAUCUUUCAUAUAAAUUAAGAAAUUGAAACAGAAUAAUUCUGAGAACACCAGGAAACAUUUGAUCUAAAAUUACUGUCAAUUCCCGGUGGCCACGUUCAGCCCCUGACAUUCGAGUUGAACACAAACCCGUCAGUAUUGACGUGUUCAAAAGCGUCCUUUUAGAAAGCGCUCAGGAUCACGUCGUCUAUAAAUGCUGAAUAAUUCCUCACUCAGGUUUUUUUAUGAUACUGUUUUUUAUAGGCAAAGUUCAGCAAACAUUUUACUGUGUAUAUUUUUGUACAAUUUAUUUCUGUCGUAACGGUGAACAUAGCCUAGCCAAUGCUACAAUCUGUUCUCCAUCAUCCCUACCAGUUAUUUACACUUAAUGACCAAACUGUCUCUAUAUUUAUUAAUGCUAUUAUUUAUCCAAAUUUAUUUAAUGGCUACUAAUAUGAACAAUGUGAUAUUUUUAUAAUGUUCGACUCCAGUCUACGAGAAUUGGAGACUUCUUUCGAAUUCUCGUAUCAGACAAUUUAUCUUUUUUUAUGUACAACCGUUGCUGAAAUAAAGGCAGCAUUUUUAA